AUGCCGAAGCUCGCCGUCGCCGCCAUCCUGGCGCUCGUGGGCCUCCACUUCCUGCCGGCCACCCACUUCCGCCACCCAGCCGGCCGCGACCACCGCCGCACCUGGGUCCCCUUGGAUCUGUCCCACGAGGCUACAAGUGUAGAUGUCUUCUCCUGGAUAAGCUGUCUGGAUCUUCGUACUCUUGCUGUGCUCACAAACUCCACCCUGUCCAGCUCAAGCCAUCCGCAUGAUGUAUCCUUCAAUUUCUUGAUACCUGAAGGAGGCAAGGAUCAAUUGCCCUACUACAAGCUAAAAUCAGCACUACCAGCUGAUUCAAAUAUUACUUUUACUAGUCAAAAUCAAAUCAAGGAAAAGCUAAAUGUUACCACUCCAGAAGGAAACUUUCUUUGGGCAGUCCGCAAUGAAUUGUCACCAAUCAUUAUCACAACAACUCAACUCUCGCGAAAGAGAUAUGUUUAUAUCUCAGCAGACUCAAUCAUAAAGGGAAAAAUUGAAGACCUUGUUCGCAUUGAUUUAGGCAGUUAUGCCAUCGGUGUUGCUGAAGAUUGUAGCAAGCGCCUUGGUGAUUACAUCAGUAUGGAUGUUCUGAAUGUUGUUCGAAGAAUGGCUCCAAAAGGUUUGGUAUAUAGUGAACCUUAUGACAAGAACGCGUGCUUACUUGAUUUUGAUGUGCUUCUGGUGGAGCCACGUAAUCUAAAGAGGAAUUUGAUUCACUCUAUCGCAUUCUGGUCUAAUGUUGGCAACGUAGCUAAUGAAAGGGAUAGAGUCAGGUGGGCAAUGACUUUAGCCUUCUAUGACAAUUAUCUAAAGCUCCCAACAAAUUGGAAGCGUGCAAAUGCUAACACAGACAUUAUCUACUACGACGGACCCAAGAACGUUUGCUCUGAAGAUGACGGUCAGCAUCAAGAAAAAGGCUCCGGCAAGACCUGGCAGCAGUACCUUAGUCAGAAGUCCGAAGCCAUACUGAGCACCUGA